CUCCCGUCAUCCGCCAUGUUUGCUGCCACAGGACUCCGCGCGCUCCGCCGAGCACUGCCCCAGACGCGCACGCCCGUGCGCAUGUACCAUGAGAACAUCAUCGAUCACUACGAGAACCCGCGUAACGUCGGGUCCUUGGACAAGAAGUCGUCGUCUGUAGGCACUGGUCUCGUCGGUGCUCCCGCGUGCGGUGACGUCAUGAAGUUGCAGAUCGAAGUCGACGAGAAUGGCACGAUCAUUGACUCCAAGUUUAAGACGUUUGGAUGUGGGUCUGCGAUUGCGAGCAGCUCCGUCGCCACCGAGUGGCUCAAAGGAAAGAACGUUGACGAAUGCCUGAACAUCAAAAACACAGAUAUCGCCAGUCACUUGAAGCUGCCGCCCGUAAAAUUGCACUGCAGCAUGCUUGCAGAAGACGCGAUCAAGGCUGCAGUCCAGGACUACAAGGACAAGCAGAAGGUUGCAAUGAAUGCGUAAUUUUGUUAAU